UGGAGGUUUGAACUUUGAAGUUUUGUUUUGUAGUGGUAGCGUCGUUUUUUUUAUAAAAUUAUAUAAAAGUUAACAGUGCUUAGUAAAUGUUAUAAUUAUAGUUUUAGCAGCUAGGUGCAUGUUGAUUUAUCAUAAUGUUGGUGUUAUUUGAAACUCCGGCUGGAUACGCUUUAUUUAAGUUACUAGAUGAAUCAAAAUUGUCUCAAAUAGAUGAUUUAUACCAAGAGUUUAAUACACCAGAAGGAGCUGCAUCUGUGGUAAAAUUGAAAAAUUUCAUAAAAUUUGAAGAUACUACUGAAGCACUAGCGGCUACAACGGCAGCCAUUGAAGGAAAAAUAUCUAAAACAUUGAAGAAAGCUCUUAAGAAACAUGUCUGUAAAGAUUUGCAGGAUCAGCUACUUGUGGGAGACGCCAAGCUUGGGAGUGCCAUCAAAGAAAAGUUUGAUUUACAAUGUGUCUCCAACAGUAAUGUCCAAGAAUUACUCAGAUGUAUUAGAUCACAGAUGGACAGCUUACUUACUGGUUUACCAAAAAAGGAAAUGACAGCUAUGGCUCUAGGACUUGCCCACUCAUUAUCAAGAUAUAAAUUGAAGUUCUCACCUGAUAAGAUUGACACAAUGAUAGUUCAAGCUCAGUGCUUGCUUGAUGAUUUAGAUAAGGAAUUAAAUAACUACAUAAUGAGAUGUCGGGAGUGGUACGGCUGGCACUUUCCAGAGCUCGGUAAAAUUAUUACAGACAACACUUUAUUUGUUAAAAUUGUUAAAUUGAUGGGGACCCGAGACAAUGCAGCAUCAACUGAUUUGUCCGAUAUUCUCCCUGAAGACUUAGAAGAAAAAGUGAAAGAAGCUGCAGAAAUUUCAAUGGGGACUGAGAUCUCAGAUGAUGAUAUCAUUAAUAUACAAAACCUGUGUGAUGAAAUCAUAUCCAUCACAGAUUACAGGACACAUCUCACUGAUUAUUUGAAAGCUAGAAUGAUGGCCAUGGCACCUAACUUAACAGUGCUAAUAGGAGAGCACAUAGGAGCUAGGCUAAUUGCCCAUGCGGGAUCCCUUAUGAACUUAGCCAAACAUCCAGCCUCCACUUUACAAAUAUUUGGUGCAGAAAAAGCACUGUUUAGAGCUUUAAAGACAAAGAAAGACACACCAAAGUAUGGUUUAAUAUAUCACGCCCAGUUAGUGGGACAAUGUAGCACAAAAAACAAAGGUAAGAUGUCCCGGAUGUUGGCUGCGAAGGCAGCCUUGUGUACAAGAGUGGAUGCAUUUGGAGAAGAAGUAUCAUUUGAGCUCGGUGCCGAUCAUAAAGUCAAGCUAGAGAACAAGUUAAGGCUCCUAGAGGAAGGUAAUUUGAAGAGGAUCAGUGGAACCACCAAGGCUAAACUGAAGUUUGAGAAAUACCACAGCAAAACUGAGGUACAUCAGUAUCCAACGGCUGGAGACAGCACUCUGGGCAAACAACCUGUGAAGAGAGAACACUCCCCGGAGGAUGAAGAGGUCUCAGCCAAGAAAAUUAAAUUAGAAGAUGGUGCCAAUGAUGUCACCCCUAAAAAGAAAAAGGUGAAAGCAGAAAUAUCAGACGAGGUUGAUGGUGUUAAUGGCACCACUUCAGAGAAAAAGAAAAAGAAGAAGAAGUCAUUAGAUGCUUCAACUGCUGAAGUUAAAGAGGAAAUCAAGGAGGAAGUGACAGAAGAACAGGAAACUGAAACUCCAAAGAGUGAGAAAAAGAAGAAAAAGAAAAAGAAGUCCAUGUCUGAAGAUGCUUAGUCCACCUUGUUGCAGCAUCCUAUUUGUAAUAGUCAAUAUAUAUACCUCCAUAAAUAAGAAUUCAGUAUUGCCCAAUACCAAAGUAGAGGGCAACUGCUUUUCAAUCUUUCAUUAUAUGAUAUGAUUAAAAUUCACAUAUGUUGAUUGAUUGUCUUGAUGCAGAGAUAGAUAGAAUGCGCACUUUUAUAAGACAAUAUAUUGCUUUUUUAAAAAAAGGCUCUGUCUUAAAAUAAUACUAUAGUAUCUGUGGUAAUAUCGCCCACUGGCAACAAAAUAUACCAGUGAGCUUAGAAAUAAAAAAAAGAAAUUAAUCUUUUAUUACGUACUAAGUACGUUUUUGUUUCAUUUAAACUGUUGAAUGUCAGUGUCUUUUUUGCUGAUACAAUUGGAAUUUCACAUAUGUCCCUGUCGCUACGCUUACUGACAGAAAACUGGUUGCAAUAAAAAAUCGUCAAAUAUGUAAUUAGCCACAAUUGUCAUCUUAAGUAUAUCUUUAUACUUAUUUGUUUUAGCUGUUAAGUAAAGUAUCUCACACUGAGAUAAAUAAAAGUUAUAUUUUAUGA